AUGAGACGAAUAAAAUUACGUCAUAGAUAUCCCAGGUUAAUUUCUUACACGUUAAUUAUUCGCGUUGUUUUUUUUUGCUUGUCUCUCUCUUUCUCUCCCUCCCUCCCGCACCCCUCUCUCUUUUUCUCUCUCUCUUUUAAUUUUUACUUGACAGUUCCUUUUAUUCUAAGAUUCUUUUUUUUUUCUUCUUUUUCGCGGUAUUCUUCUUUCCAUUUCGGUCGUAUUUCUUUCUUUUUGGCAUCACGAUUUAUAAAACUAGAUUUUUUUCUCUCUUUGCAUCAAAAAUCAUAUCGUUCGUAUUUUCUUUUUUUAGUUACAAACCUACUCAUCUUUUUCACUUCUUUCAUUCAUCUAAAAUUUCUCAAAAUUUCUUUUUCUUGCUUUCUUUCUUUCUCGAUUUCUUUCUUUCUUUCUUUCUUUCUUUCUUUCUUUCUUUCUUUCUUCCCAGCGGUAUCAUCUGAUCUAUUUUCUUUCUUCUUCCUUGUUCUUUCUUUCUUUCUUUCUUUCUUUCUUUCUUUCUUUCUUUCUUUCUUUCUUUCUUUCUUUCUUUUAUUCGUUACAACCAGCCUUUUGUUUUUCAUUUACAGCUUUCAUUUUUGUUUUCAUUUACUUUAUCAGAUUUUAGACAAAAGCUUUCUUUCUUUCUUUCUUCUUUCUUUCUUUCUUUCUUUCUUUCUUUCUACGAUCACAGUAAUCCUCUUCUUUUUCUACUUCUCUUUUGUUUCUUUCAUUCUCUUUCUCAGAUCAUAG